ACACACACUCUCACACACACACACACACACUCUCUCUCUCUCUCUCUCUCUCACACACACACACACACACACACACACACACACACACACACGUAUCCUGUCUCCCACGAAGGCAUCUGUUUCAGUCUGUCUCUCUGUGAGAUGCAGCACCAACAGAGGAGAGAGGGGGAGACAAAAAGGCAGGCAGAAGAGAGGAGGGAGGGAUAAGAAAAGAGAGGAGAGAGGAAGGAGACAUAGAGCAGAGAGAAAUAGGAGAGAGAAGACUGAAAUUAAGUAAACAGAAAGGGAAGACAAGUGCAGCAAAGACAGGGCAAAACCUGAGGAGGAGAGGAUGCUGCUGCAUCUGAGCGUCUCUGCCUGACUUCUGAGGAGUUUGGGCUCGGACAUGACAGAGAUGCAGCAUCCAAGUGUCUGAGUCUGAGCAUCUCCAGUUUGUGUGUGUGAGAGUGUGUUAAUGUGUGUGAAGCCAUGGCGAGCGCUCAGCCAGGGGUCCAUGCAUUGAAACUCCAGCCUCCCUCUGUGUCUCACACACUGAGGAACGGAAGCAACUUCAUUAAAUGGGACGAGGAUCUGUCUACAGUAACUCCAGUGACUCUACACGUUGAUCCACAUGGAUUUUACCUCUACUGGACCGACCAAAACAAGGAGACAGAGUUGUUGGACCUGACCCUCGUAAAAGAUGUCAGAACGGGGAGAAGCACCAAAACACCCAAGGAGGCCAAGCUGCGGGAGCUGCUCGAUGUGGGAAACCUGGUUGGCCGGCUUGAGAACCGCAUGGUUACCGUGGUUACGGCUUCAGACCUUGUAAACGUCAACCAGCUCAACUUCAUUGCUUCACAGGAGGAUGAAGCUAAGGUAUGGUGUGAGGAACUGUUUUCCCUGUCUUCCAACCUGCUGAGCCACAAUCUUAACAGAGACCACGCUCUGUUGAAAGCGUACGUCAGGUUAACGCUCCAGCUGAACACAGAGGGCAGAAUUCCUGUCAAGAACAUUGUUCGACUGUUUUCAUCAGACAGAAAGAGAGUAGAGAAUGCCCUGGAGAACUGCAGACUGCCCUACAGCCGGGGUGACAGUAUCAAACUGGAGGACUUUACACUAGAAGUUUACAGGAGCUUUUUGGACUUUCUGUGUCCUCGUACUGAGCUUAACAACAUCUUCAAACAGCAAGGAGGGGAUGAUGGGACGCUGUCAGUCGAUCAGAUGACGGAGUUCAUCAACAACAAGCAGAGAGACCCUAGGCUGAAUGAAAUCCUCUACCCGCCUCUACGUCCUGUACAGACAAACGCUCUGAUGGAGAGGUACCAACAUGACCAGGCACAGCUGAAGCACGGGGUCAUUUCUUUACAGGCAUUCUCCACUUAUCUGUCCAGUGAAGAGAAUGGAGUCAUCCCACCAGAGAAACUGGAUCAGUCUGAAGACAUGAGCUUCCCCCUCUCUCACUACUUCAUCAACUCAUCACAUAAUACAUACCUGACAGCGGGCCAGCUGGCAGGGAGCUCCUCAGUAGAGAUGUACAGACAGGUUCUUCUGGCUGGAUGCCGCUGUGUGGAAUUAGAUGUGUGGAAAGGACGAACUGCUGAGGAGGAACCCGUCAUCACACAUGGGUUCACUAUGACUUCAGAAAUCUGUUUUAAGGAAGUGAUUGAAGCUAUUGCAGAAUGCGCCUUCAAGACCUCACCUUUCCCUGUCAUACUGUCCUUUGAAAACCACGUGGACUCUUUGAAGCAGCAGGCUAAAAUGGCUGAAUAUUGUCAAUCUAUUUUCGGAGAAGCACUGUUGAUUGACCCUCUGGACAAAUACCCUCUGGAGUCAGGUGUUCCCCUGCCCAGUCCUCAGGAGCUGAUGGGCAAAAUUCUCAUCAAGAACAAGAAAUCCCACAAACCCUCCAAUAACACAGACACCAAAAGACUGACGGACCAACCUGCCAAUCAGAGCAACGAUCCAGUGUCUCCUAGCAACAACACAGGAGAGAUGGAGGCUGAGAGUGAGGAAGAUGAUGAUGAUGAAGAUGAUGAUGGUAAAAAGGGCUCAGCAGAGCGAGAGGCCGUGGCCACAGAGGAAAUGUCAACUCUGGUAAACUAUGUCCAGCCAACAAAGUUCAACUCCUUCGAAGCCUCCAAGAAGGCAGCCCGCUGUUACCACAUGUCGUCUUUUGUGGAGACCAAAGCUUUGGAGCACCUCACAAAGUCACCAGUGGAGUUUGUAGAAUAUAAUAAAUCCCAGUUGAGUCGUAUCUAUCCAAAAGGAACCCGAGUCGACUCAUCCAACUUCAUGCCUCAACUUUUUUGGAACGCUGGCUGUCAGCUGGUGGCUCUCAACUACCAAACAAUAGAUUUGUCCACGCAGCUGAAUCUCUUCAUGUUCGAGUACAACGGUCGGAGUGGCUACAGGCUGAAGCCUGAGUUCAUGAGACGGCCAGACAAACACUUUGACCCCUUCACAGAAAACACAGUGGAUGGCAUCGUAGCCAACACCCUCUCUGUGAAGGUGAUUUCAGGCCAGUUUCUGACUGAGCGGCGGGUGGGUGUGUAUGUGGAGGUGGAGAUGUUUGGACUUCCAGCGGACACCAGGAGGAAAGCGCUGAAGACCAAAACCUCCCAGAACAACAACGCCAUCAAUCCAGUGUGGGACGAAGAGCCCAUUGUCUUCAAAAAGGUGAUUCUUCCGACCCUGGCCUCACUGAGAAUCGCUGCUUUUGAGGAAGGAGGGAAGUUUAUUGGUCAUCGGAUUAUUCCAGUGUCUGCCAUUAGACCAGGUUAUCGUUACAUCGGCUUGAGGAAUGAGAAAAACCAGUCUCUGAUUCUACCAGCUGUGUUUGUCUAUAUUGUGGUCAAAGAUUACGUCCCAGACACCUUUGCAGAUGUGAUAGAGGCGUUGUCCAACCCUAUUCGAUAUGUCAACCUCCUGGAGCAGAGGUCUAAACAGCUGGCAGCUCUGACACUGGACGACGUAGAGGAGGACACACAGACUGAGGAGGAGGCAGACACUUGUGCAGAGCGUAAGAACGAUCUGAAAUCAGCUCCACUGGAGAAUGGACUCAGUCCCGCCUCUGGGCCUGCAGGCCACACCCCCAUCGCCACCACGCCCAAAGCCUCUGCGGCCAAUCAGCAAGUAGCUACGACAGAUGCAGCCAAACCAGCAGCAAAGAGUGAAGAUCUGGUUUUAAGUGUUCUGAUAGAUGUCCCAGUGUGCUCCAUCGAGAAUCUGCAGCAGUCCAAGGUUUACCAGAAGGACCAGAGACGUCAGUUCAAAGAGCUGAAGGAGUUAGUGAGGAGGCACCAGAAGAAAACCUCAGAGCUCCUCCGAGACUUCAACAACAAGUACAAGAAGAUGGCCCGACAGUGUAGCAAGAGCAGGGGUUCAUGUUCCGACAGUGAGAAAGACGAGCGCCUCCAGCAGCUGAGAGACGAGCAGCAGCAGCAGCUCCUGGCUCUGAGGCAGGAACAGUACUACAGUCAGAAAUAUCUACAGAGAGAACAUAUUAAAAUGCUCACAGAGCGACUGAGCAGCCUGGCUGAGGAGAGUCACAAUACCCAGAUGAAGAAACUCAAAGACAUCUGUGAAAAGGAGAAAAAAGAACUGAAGAGGCAGAUGGAUCGAAGGAGAACAGAAAAGAUCAACCAAGCGAAGACCAAAGAGAAACACCUGGCUGAAGAGGAGAAGAUUGAGAUCAAUAAGUCCUACGUCAAUGAAGUCGUCCAGAACAUAAAACGGCUUGAGGAGACUCAGGCGAAGCGCCACGAUCAGCUGGUGGAACAGCACAAUGACCUCCUGCAGGAGAUACAAGACCAGAAACCAAAGCUGCAAGGGGCCGUGGAGGCGGAUUUCCAAGAGAAGUUCCAGUGUUUGCCUGGUGAGAUUGAAGACUUCCUGCAGGACAGGAAGCCAGAGGUUAGAGGUCACAGCAAGUCCCGACCAUCGACGCCGCAUGAAACUCUAUCAGAGGAGGACUGAGGAGAAAGACGUGCGGAGGAUGAAGAAGGAGAAUCAAGAAAGUGCAACAGAUCAAAACAAAAUACACGGAAGUAAGAAAGGCAAAAACAGCAGAUGAAAGGGUAGUGAGGGAGCAAAUGAAAGCAGAGGAGAUAUAUUAUAAAGACUGUUACUUUUCUUUUUAAUGGAAGAAUGCUUUAAUGAUUUAUUUCUGGAUUCCAUUCAAGCAUGCACUUUGCUGUAUUCCAGCGUUUAAUCAGAACCCAUUUAAUCUUAUUUUCUGUCAUGUUAUUUUGACAGACAACUGAAACCCAACAGUUUGUACUGCAUGACAACUCUAUCUAUCUAUCUAUCUAUCUAUCUAUCUAUCUAUCUAUCUAUCUAUCUAUCUAUCUAUCUAUCUAUCUAUCUAUCUAUCUAUCUAUCUAUCUAUCUAUCUAUCACUCUAUCUAUCUGACAGUUUGUGCUGUCUGUUUUAUAUGCUCAUGGGGAGACGUUAUAUAAUGGUACACAAUCGCUACGAAUCAAAAACUAAAGUGCGAAUUAACGUAGAAAGAAAAUUGCUGGCACCUCAGCUGGAUUUUUUUAAAGCAUUUAUUGCAUUUUAUUUAUUUAUUAAUGCUGUAUUUGUUACACUCACACACAGUUGCACACACACUCUCUCUCCUGCCCAGUACAUCCACAGUCUGCUUUGCUGGAGUAGCUGGGGGUUAAUGGCUUUGCUCAAGGGCACUUCAGUGGUGGUAAUGAAGGAGUGGCAUAUGCUCCUCUCUUACUUUUCCUACGCAGUUUCAUCCACAUUUUACUAGUCUAACAUUUAGAAAGUAUAGUAGAAUUAGAAAUAAUGUUACAUACUAUAAUUGAUAACAGGCUGAUGUGCACAGCAGCACAAGAUAACACACGUACCGUAGUGUAAUGUGAAUACUGUAUGCUUUCCAGGAUAUAGGAAACACACACACAUACACACACACACACACACACACACACACACAAACACAGUGUUUUUCAAUGAUUUUUGUGAUCAUGGUUUUAUGUUUACAUCAAUGCAUCUAGUAUCAUUAAAUAUUUCAAAAGCAUAUUAUCAGGACAUUUUGGGUUCUUUUGUACCUGAUUGUUCAUUUAGAAGCUGACAGUCAUCCAAGACCUUAACAGGCAUAAUGAGCAUGUUGCCACACUUGUUAUGUGAAAUGAUUUUGAGUGAAGAUAUCAAUGAAUUAGUUUGAUGUGAUGGUGGAGGGUAGAGAAAGAGAACUGACUGUACUUUUUAGUUAAUGAGAUUAAUGCCAUAGACUACCACUGGAUCAUUUAUUACAACCUCAAUAUUUUGAUUAUGCACUUAUUUAUUUAUUUAAUUUGGGAUGAAAUGACUCUCAGUGUCUAUUUCUGUUAAGAUAUUAAAGUUCUAUAUCAUAGCAUGACUGUUAGCCUAUGACAUUUAGAGGAGGGAGGAGAUUUGCACAGAAAGAUAAGGGGAUGAGAAAAAACAAUCUUGCAAAAUCACUUGUUUUUGAUUUCUUUUAAAAAAAAAAAACGAUCAGACUUUUCUGACCAGUAGCGGCAACAUCCCAUCGUUUCCCUCCAACUGCUACACAAAUGGUCUGACAGUUGGAUGUCCUGCUAGAUGUGGAAGAGCCUCAAAGUCUGCUGUCACUGCAUGAUUUAUUUGUUUUUGAUGUGAAACUUGUUUUAACAUAGUUAUCAUUCUGAUGAUCUAUUUAUUUAUUGUUAUUUUCAUGAUAAUUAAGGAUCAAGAGCAUAAACUAUUUCUAAAGCUGUUAACAAUUGUUUCAGAGUGCAAAGUCGACCUUUUUGUAAAAAUGUGAACCGAAUGGAGCUUGUCACUCUUUGUACAGUGAUCUUCCAGAAAAUAUUUGUUGUAACAACUGAGGCUUAAGCUGUGUUCAACAACCUUUUUGCAGAGAACCGUGUCUUCAGAUUUAAGCCACUGUUGCUUGAGAUCAAACUAUCUUGGCCUGACCUCCUAAAGGUAGCUUACACUGCAAUUUCGAUGGCAAUAUUUUCGACUCAGCUGCUUACUCUGCGUGCUAACAUUAAAGUACCUCAGUAUUCUGUCACCACUUAGGUCAAAAUGAUCUGUUAAAAACAUGUUUUAAGUCUGCGAAGUGGCUGAGGUUCUCCAACAAAACGCCUUGUUGAACGCACCCCUGCUUUAGUGAUUAAACUGAGCAUGCUUUAUUGUCUUGGAUUUCUCCGCCAGUUGAAUUGUUUCUUGGUUUUACUGAAUGCAAUUUUAAUUGAAAGACUAUUAAAAAAUAUUUGAUCUAAAA